AUGUAUUUCCUCGUCCCCCUAAUUCCAUUCCUCCUUUCGGCUAUAACUCUAUCCCAAGCCGCUCCCGCAGGAAACAGUAUCAACACCGAUACAACCACCAAAACCACCAAGACUGCCCAGCUCAACAUCUCCAACUUACCUGUCGGAGCCAUAAUCACCCACUGUACUAUUCCAGGCACAAUCGCCCUCACUUUCGACGAUGGCCCGUACAUCUACACACCCCAGAUACUAGAUAUACUCGCCGAACACGGUACAAGAGCAACCUUCUUCCUCAACGGCCAUAACAGAGGAAACAUCGAUACGUCACCCGAGGUAGUGCAGCGCACAUUGGCGGAAGGACACCAGCUAGGAUCUCAUACAUGGAAUCACCCCUCCCUCGACACCCUCUCAUACCAAGAAAUCGUACAGCAGAUGACACUCCUCGAAGAAACCUUCAUGCGCAUCCUAGGCUUCUUCCCGACCUAUAUGCGCCCCCCAUUCCUCAGACAUACGCCCGUCGUCCUCGGCGCCAUGGCUGAUCUGGGAUACCACGUUAUUGGGGCUAGUGUUGAUACGAAGGACUACGAGAAUGAUAACCCUGAUACGAAUUGGAUUAGCUUUGAGAAGUUCUUGAGGGAGGUUGAUGCUGGUGGGACCAUUGUGUUGGCGCAUGAUUCGCAUCAGCAUACGGUCGAGAUUUUGGUGGAUAAUAUGCUUGCGUAUGUUAAGAGGAGGGGGUUGAGUGCUGUUACUGUUGGCCAAUGUCUUGGUGAUCCGUCUGAGCAUUGGUAUCGUGCUGGGAGGUAG